GGCAGUGUUCCGUCGUUCCGUGUACGUGUAGAUCCCGAGUAGAUCGCGAGGCGAGCGUGGAUUAUCACGGCGGACACGGCGUGUCCCUGUCAGUAUCGCAAGAACGUUCGUGUCGCGUGGAAGUUGUCGCGGCCGGAAGGAGCCCGAGUUACAGACCCAACGUGAAUCGUUCGUUUGUUCGUUGAUUUUUUUUUUCAGUUCGGUUCGUUCGAUUCGUUCGUCGGUUCGUUGCUUCACAUCGUUUCGUUGAUUUGUUCGUGGUCACCGUAAAGAUUGCGAUUCAACGAACGUCGCAUCAGGUACGUGCCCUUCGAAUAUUACCGCACACGACUGACUCGUGAGAUAUUCCGUGAUCUAGCUUACGAAAUAUUUCAUUUUCUUAGAAGAGAUAAGAGAGAAGGAAAACGUAGAACGAAGAAGGAAACUCGAGGAGAACGAUAACAUGACAACCGUGCAGCCGAUUCAAUCGAAUGGGGCGGUAAAAGGAUUCGCGUUGAACGAAAAGGAUAAGAUGGAAAAGGGUAGCUAUUAUACAAAUUACAGCGCUACCGGCCUCGAUGGUCCAGAUCAGAUCUUGAAAGCGGAUUCGACGGUCACAACGCUACCGAAUGGACGCGUGAAAAUCAAAUUAAGUAGCGAGGACAUUAAUCCCACGCCGCCAAUAUCGGUCCCUGGAUUAUUAACAAGAAUAGCUAAUUCACAUGGUGGACAUACUGCAUUCGUAACGAGACCCGAUGCCAACGGAAAAAGAAAGACGUACAGUUACAAAGACUAUGAGAACCAAGUGAAAACUGUGGCGAAAGCUUUUCUAAAACUGGGUCUAGAACGUUAUCACGGUGUCUGUAUCAUAGGAUUUAAUAGUCCAGAAUGGGUUAUCUCAGAUAUCGCUGCAAUUUAUGCAGGAGGAUUUGCUGUUGGAGUCUACACAACAAACACUCCAGAAGCGUGUCACUUUUGUGCCGACAAUAGUCGAGCCAAUAUAAUAGUGGUUGAAGACACAAAGCAGCUGGAAAAGAUACAGAAAAUAAAGAAAAACCUUCCUUUCUUGAAAGCGAUCAUCAUGUACGAUGAGGAAUCCGAAGACAAGGAUGUCUUAAGUUGGAACGAUGUGAUCAAAAUGGGAGAGGCAGAGUCUGAUGACAAAUUGAACGCUGUUCUAAAGACUAUUGGCGUCAACGAAUGCUGUACCCUAGUUUACACGUCAGGUACAGUUGGGAACCCAAAGGCUGUGAUGCUGAAUCAUGACAACUUAAUAUAUGAUGCAAAGAAUUUGAUUGAUGCUUGUAAAUUUGAAAACACUACAGAGGUCCUAAUUAGCUAUCUACCAUUAUCUCAUGUUGCAGCACAGGUUAUUGAUAUAUUCUGCUGCAUGACAAUCGCAGGCACAUUGUACUUUGCCGACAAGAAUGCAUUGAAGGGUACCUUAGUCGAGACUUUAGUCGUAGCACGACCUACUGUUUUCGUUGGUGUGCCCAGAGUAUGGGAAAAAAUUUUUGAAAGAAUGCAAGCAGUCGCACGAAACAAUGGCAUGAUAAAAAGUUGGAUUGCUUCUUGGGCAAAAGCACAAGGCCUAUUUUACAAUAUGAAUAAACUGAAAGGCACCGAUUUUAAGCACUGGGGCUACUUAAUCGCUAAAUGGUUAAUUUUUAACAAAGUGAAGGCAGCACUUGGUUUAGAUAGAUGUGGCAUAUGUGUCACUGCAGCUGCACCUUUAAGUACUGAAAUCAAACAGUACUUCCUGAGUUUGGAUAUUGUUAUAUUGGAAGCAUAUGGAAUGUCGGAAUGCGGUGGUGCACAUACUUUAAGUACAAAUGAUCGUUGCAGACUUGGUGCUGUUGGUCCAACACUGGCUGCAUUUUCCACAAAAUUGGAUAACCCAGAUAGUACUGGUGAAGGAGAAAUUUGUAUGAGUGGUAGACAUGUGUUUAUGGGAUACUUAAAUGAACCUGAAAAAACUGCAGAAGUAUUCGAUGAAGAUGGGUGGUUGCAUACUGGUGAUUUGGGCACGGAAGACUCGGAUGGGUUUUUAUAUGUAACUGGAAGAAUCAAAGAAUUGAUUAUCACUGCUGGUGGUGAGAAUAUACCUCCUGUUCACAUAGAACAAUUAAUAUUAGCUGAACUACCUGCACUGAGCAAUGUUUUAUUAAUUGGCGAUAAACGAAAGUACCUUACUACGCUGGUUACUUUGAAGACUGAAAUGAACAAUGAAACAGGUGCACCAAAAGAUCAAUUUACCCCAGAUACUUUGAAAUGGUUGCAGUCUAUUGGAAGCAAGGCAACAACAGUUACAGAAAUAGUACAAACUCGUGACCCUCUUGUAUAUGCUGAAAUCGAGAAGGCAAUUAAAAGAGCAAACACAAAAGUUAUAAGUAAUGCACAAAGGGUUCAGAAAUUCCAAAUUUUGCCACACGAUUUCUCAGUACCAACUGGCGAAUUGGGGCCAACCCUUAAAGUUAAGAGAAACGUUAUUCACAAAAUGUACGAAGGCCUGAUAGAAGAUAUGUACAAGUAAAUAUGUUAUAUAGAAAAACGUGCUAAAUGUGUCCGUCAAAAAAGUUCCAAUAUUAUCACAAAAAUACAUAUUGAAGCAACUGCCAAUCAGCCUAUAUAAAACGCUUUAAUACUUAAAGUAAUUGUGAUAUUAUACAAAUUUAAAAAAAAAAAGAAGAAAACGUACUUUUACGGCAAUUUACUUUUCACAUUUAUCAAUAAUUAAUAUUUAAAGCACUAAA